AUGGCUUCUCCUCGCCCACACAACUUCGGUGCCCAAGGCUAUCCCCUCUCGAACGGUGCGACCCCGUCCGGUCCGGCGCCCGGAGCUGUGCCACUGCUCCCCAAUAACGGCAGAAUGAUUCAGAGUGGGCCUACUCGGAUCUUGUGUAUUGCGGACGUGCGAGGAAACCUGAAGUCUCUGAAUGAUCUGGCGAAGCAAGCUCGCGCAGACCACAUCAUCCACACCGGUGAUUUUGGUUUCUAUGAUGACACUUCGCUAGAGCGCAUUGCAGACAACAUGUUGCCCAAUAUUCCCCCCCUCCUCCCCGAAAACGUGAAGCGCACAAUUGCACAGGUCCCCCCUCAGCAGUCGAUUAAGCAGCGUUUCACUCCGGACCAGCUACCCCUCUCCGAGCUGCCUAUGCUCCUCGACAAGCGCAUCACCCUUGAUGUCCCUGUCUACACAGUUUGGGGUGCUUGCGAAGAUGUUCGGGUCUUGGAGAAGUUCCGUUCCGGCGAGUACAAGGUGAACAAUCUGCACAUCAUCGACGAGGCCAACUCUCGGCUGCUGGACAUUGGUGGUGUCAAGCUGCGUCUGCUUGGAUUGGGCGGUGCCGUGGUUAUGCAUAAGCUGUUCGACAAUGGUGAGGGAAAGACGACGAUUGCCGGUGGCCAGGGUACCAUGUGGACCACCCUGCUGCAGAUGGGUGAGCUCAUCGACACAGCUAACCGAGUUUACGACCCAUCGGAGACUCGUGUUUUCGUUACCCACGCCUCGCCCGCCCGUGAGGGUAUGCUGAACCAGCUCUCCGUCACCCUCAAAGCCGAUUUCUCUGUCUCCGCUGGUCUGCACUUCCGCUACGGAUCUUCCUACAACGAAUUCUCCGUCAACCCUUCGCUCGACCACUAUCGCGGCAAGCUCGCUGCCUCAAAGGCAUCUUUCACCGAUGUUUGGGAGACUGUGCGGGGUGAGGUCGAAUCGGCCAUCUCCUCUAACGAGGCUCAGAAGACCCUGCUGGACAACGCUUUGGAUGUGGUGCAGAAGAUGCCUUCGAUUGCCAAUGGUGGUAACCCCUUCGGCGGUCCCGUUGCAGCUGGAAAUGCUGCUGGUCAGGUAGACGAGAGCGCCUUCAAGAACAUGUGGAACUUCAACCUUGCGGAUGCGGCCUUUGGAUAUCUGGUCCUGGAGAUUGAAGGUGGUCGUAUUGCGACUGAAAUGCGUGCUCAGGGCUUCAACUUCGCCCACCGCAGCGGCAAGCCUGCGGCUGGUGGUGCUCAACCCGUUCCCAGUGCUCUGCCUGCUACUACCGCCUCUCCUGCCCCCACUGGUGCUGGUGGUCGUCCCGCCGCCUCCACCCCUCAGUUCGGUCAAGCUCCCCCUGUUCUCGCUGGCGCUGCCGCUGGUCAGCAACAAGGUCAGGCCAAGGCUCAGCCUGCUCGUGCCUCUCCCGCUCCCGUUAUCCCCAAGGUUGCAAGCCCUCAGCCCCCCGCCACCACCUCUGCUCAGCCUGCUGGCGAGGAGAAGAUUGCUGGUGCGGACGCUAACGGUACCAUUCAACACGAGAAGACUGGCGAGUCUCCCGCUCCCCGUGGCGAGAAGAAGCCCAGCAACGGCCUCUUCGUUUCCAAUGUCGACAGCGAACAGAAAGUUCGUGAGCUGCUCCCUGAAGAGGAUCAGGCCAAGGCUCUUAAGAUUGAGAAGUAUGGCAAGUUCAACUACGUUGUGACCUUCCCAACAGUAGAGGACGCCAAGGCGGCUCUCGAUCGUCAGCCCAUUGAUCACAAGAAGCCAACUGCUGGUUCCGGCCCUCGCAAGCCUAACUUCAAGUUCUUCGAGGAACGUCCCCGCGGCCAGGGCAAUGCCGGCACCUGGGGAAGCAGCACCCGUGGUGGUGCUACCGCUGGACAGCGUGGCUACCAGAGCGCCAGUGACAGUGAGGGUGCUCGUCGGGGUGGAUUUGGCGGCCGUGGCCGUGGCCGCGGUGAUCGGGGCCGCGGUGGCCGUGGAGGUCGUGGUGGCAGCUUCAAGAGUGGCUCAACUGACUCCCCUGCCCCAUCAACUCCCUCUGGCGACAAGCCUACCCCCUCUGGUGGUGACUCAUAG